AAUUUUGGGGCGCGUCCAAACAGCUCCUCAUCUCUGGUUCUACUGUCAGGGUGACCCUCCGCGAUCACAACUCUCAGACAGUCAUCUUCCCUCUCUAUUUCUCUCACGCUCUCAGACCCAUAGAGAGAGAGCUUAGCUUUUAGGAGCUGAAGCGAGGAAAAAUAUGUUCCCUCAAUUCGGCGCAACAGCAGAUACUCUAAGCAAGGCAUCGACAAUGGUGUUCCGGAUCGGUACGGACGCCCACCUCUACGACGAUCCCGAUGACGUCAGCAUCGCUCCUCUUCUUGACAGCAAGUUCGACUCUGAAAAAUGCGAAGCUCUCAAGCGCCUGCUCGCUCUCAUCGCCCAGGGCUUCGAAGUCUCCAAUUUCUUCCCUCAGGUUGUUAAGAACGUAGCAUCGCAGUCAUUGGAAGUGAAAAAGCUGGUUUACUUAUACCUGCUGCAUUAUGCUCAAAAGCGUCCGAAUGAAGCAUUGCUAUCGAUUAAUUACUUCCAGAAGGAUUUGGGGGAUCCAAACCCGUUAGUGAGGGCAUGGGCCCUGAGAACCAUGGCGGGGAUCCGUCUACAUGUUAUUGCACCCUUAGUUCUUGUUGCCGCUGGAAAAUGUGCUAGAGAUCCCUCUGUGUAUGUUAGAAAAUGCGCGGCCAAUGCUCUUCCUAAGCUGCACGAUUUGCGCCUUGACGAAAAUACCGCGGGGAUUGAAGAGAUUAUCGGAAUAUUGUUGAAUGACCAUUCCCCUUGUGUCGUUGGUGCUGCUGCUGCUGCUUUCUCUUCCGUUUGUCCGAAUAAUUUGUCUCUGAUUGGAAGAAAUUAUAAAAGGUUAUGCGAGAUUCUUCCUGAUGUUGAAGAAUGGGGUAAAAUAAUUUUAAUCGGGAUCCUUUUGCGCUAUACAAUUGCGAGGCAUGGGCUUGUAAAGGAAUCCAUUAUGUUUUCUUUGCACAGUACAGAGAAUUCUCAAUCUGAAAAGGAUUGUUCAGACACCAACUCUGCGUUAGUGGAAGACAGCGGUGACAUGAGUGGUCGUUAUCAGUCUGAAUUAGCAAAUAUUGUAUCCCGUUGUUAUAUUGAAGGACCAGCUGAAUAUUUAUCACGAUUAAGUCUCAUGAAUAAAGAUGCAUCUGAAUGUAAUUAUGCCCGUUUUACAUCUGGAAAGAACAAUGAUGAUGUGAAGAUCCUGCUGCAGUGUACAUCCCCAUUGUUAUGGAGUAAUAAUAGUGCAGUUGUACUAGCAGCUGCUGGUGUACACUGGAUUAUGGCACCCAUAGAGGAUUUGAAAAGAAUUGUUAAGCCGCUCUUGUUCGUUCUAAGAUCAUCUAAUGCCUCAAAAUAUGUGGUUUUAUGUAACGUUCAAGUGUUUGCAAAAGCAAUUCCUUCACUCUUCUCUCUGUACUUUGAAGACUUCUUUAUAUGCUCUUCAGAUUCAUAUCAAAUUAAGGCUUUGAAACUGGAUAUACUGGCUUACAUUGCUACAGAUUCAUCAAUUUCAUUUAUACUCAAAGAAUUUCAGGAUUAUAUUAGAGAUCCAGACAGGAGAUUUGCUGCUGAUACUGUUGCUGGAAUUGGCAUAUGUGCGCAGCGACUUCCAGAAAUGGCAAACACAUGCUUAGAAUUUUUAUUGGCUUUGACCAGACAGCAACUUAUGACUGGUGAGUUCGGGUCUGUGGAUGGUGAAGCAGAUAUUUUGAUUCAAGCAAUAAUGUCUAUUAAAUCAAUCAUUCAGCAAGAUCCACCCAGUCAUGAAAAGGUUAUUAUUCAGUUGGUUCGUAGUUUAAAUUCAAUAAAGGUGCCUGCUGCACGGGCUAUAAUUGUUUGGAUGGUGGGGGAGUAUAACUCUUUAGGUGAUCUCAUCCCAAAGAUGUUAGCUACAGUACUCAAGUAUCUUGCAUGGUGCUUUACUUCAGAAGAGUUGGAAACAAAGCUUCAAAUUUGUAAUACUACUGUUAAGGUUUUAUUGCAUGCAAAAGGGAAUGAUCUGUUGACUAUAAAAAAAGUUUUAAUCUAUGUGCUGGAAAUGGCCAAAUGCGACUUAAACUAUGACAUUCGUGAUCGAGCUCAUUUCUUAAGGAAAAUUCUGUCUACUUAUUUAGAUUCUCGAGGUCUGGAGGAGGAAACCAAUUGUCUGGCCCAGCAUAAAGAUAGUUCAUGUGUCCUAGCAGAAUGCUUAUUUCGAGGACAAAAAAAACCAAUGUCACGUGAGCCCAUUGAUCACCGUUUUUACCUUCCUGGCUCUUUAUCACAGAUAGUACUUCAUGCUGCUCCAGGGUAUGAACCUCUCCCAAAGCCCUGUAGUUUGCGCUGUGAUGGCCUCAAAAUGAAUGAAUUUGGAGAGGGAGUCACUAAUGGUGAUCCAUAUGUUACAGACAACGAGGACUCAGAGUCUGAAUUUUUGGAUGAGGAAAAUGCUUCUAGUUAUAGUUCACAACACUCUGAUAUGGAUUCAAGUGGCAGUGGUGGCAGUGGUGGCAGUGAAGAGGCUGGUUCUGCAAAUGAAGGCGAUGAAAAUUCUCAUCCCUUGAUUCAAUUUUCAGAUGUUGGAAAUGCUAAUGAAAAGAAAAAUAUAGCUUCUCAGUCUGCUUCUGAUUUUGGGGAAUUGUUGUCAAAUAGAGCUUUAGAAUCAUGGUUAGAUGAGCAGCCUGGUUUUUCAAGCACGAAUACUUCAGAACAAAUUCAAGUCCGUAGAUCUUCAGCAAGAAUCUCCAUUGGUGAUAUUGGAGGUCAAGUUAAACCUAAAAGCUAUGCACUCUUGGAUCCUGUGAAUGGAAACGGCUUAAAGGUUGACUACUCAUUUUCAUCUGAGAUUUCAAGCAUCUCUCCUCUGUUUCUAUGUAUAGAAGUUUCCUUCAAGAACUGUUCAAAGGAAACCGUGUCUGAUAUUACUUUGGUUGAUGAGGAAUCUGGCAAAGGCGUGGAUUCUGUAGACCAAGCUUCGGGUUCACGUGAAAGCUCAACAACACCUGAAAAUAAUGAGCCAAAUCUAGUUUCUGUAGAAGAGAUCGCUUCUCUAGAACCUGGUCAGGCAAUGACAAGAACCAUCCAGGUUCGCUUUCAUCACCACCUCUUGCCUCUAAAACUGACCUUAUAUUGUAAUGGCAAGAGGCAUCCUGUUAAGUUGCGGCCUGACAUUGGAUACUUUGUAAAAGCUCUUCCUAUGGAUGUUGAAGCCUUCACAAAAAAGGAGUCUCAUCUGCGAGGAAUGUUUGAAUGUGUAAGAAGGUGCACCUUCACUGAUCAUAUCAAGGAGUUGGACAAGGACAAGGGUGACAAUUCAUUGGUAGAAGACAAAUUUCUCGUAAUAUGCCGAAAUCUUGCACUGAAAAUGCUUAGCAGCGCAAAUCUUCAUCUUGUAUCUGUUGAUUUGCCAGUCGCAGCGAACCUCGAUGAUGCAACAGGUUUGUGCUUACGAUUCAGCAGCAAGCUUUUGAGCACCUCUGUUCCCUGCUUGAUCACCAUCACCGUUGAAGGUAGAUGUUCUGAACCAUUGGAAAUGUCAGUUAAAGUAAACUGCGAAGAAACUGUAUUCGGGCUGAAUCUGCUGAACAGGAUCGUGAAUGUAUUGGUUGAGCCCUCUCAUGCCCAUGAGUAGUUUCUAAGAUGCUUGGAAACGAAUAAUUAAAUUUGGAAAGAAAAUAGGAAAUCCGCUCGUUAUUCUACAUGUAUUACUGCAUUUGUUUAUGUAUUGCAAGUGUUCUGGCUCUCCAGAUGUUUAAUGCAUUGUUUGUACAGUUGGCAAAACCUCUGUAAUUUAAAUCAAUGGGACACAAAAGUUCAUGUAAAUAAUUCAAAUCCAUCUAGAUCAAAACCUUCUGUGA